CGGUAAGGCGAGGCAUCGAUGGUGGUUUUGGCGCGGAGUGCCGUCCAUGGACUUGCGCGGAGCUUGAUUCGGAGAGGAUCAAAGCUUCUCCCUCGUCACUUCCCAGAUCUCAAGCUACCUAGUCUUAGGGCCUGACGAGGCUGGACACCCUUGAAAGAUGGUCAGAACGCGGAAUAACACCAACGACUCGUCCACGGCGCCAGACUUCCAAGCAGCUGCCUCCUCCACUGACAGCCCGCACUCCCAAAAGCGUGCCAUACCUGCUCCCGCGCCUGCCGGCACCCUGUCCAGGAAGCGGGUCAAGUCCGACGGGCACGUCUCCCCUCUCGACACCCGCCAUGGCCUAGCCCAAGCCGCUCUUGCGUCGGGCUUGAGCCAUGCGCCCUCUGAUCCUUCCAUGCGCACUCCCGGCGCCGCCAUGCAGCUCAACCAAGCCCAGCCGGCCGAUACGCACAAUGGCUUCUCGGUUGAUUACGCGCCAGCGAACCCGGCAGACGCGUCGGGCUACAGUGCUGCUUUUGGGGCCUCGUGGCCGCAGAUCCCCAAGGGCUACUACGACUCCACCACCACCUACGGCGCGCCAAUCCCGCAGCCUCCCUUCCCUCAGUCACAAGCCACUUUUGAUCCGCCGAUAGCCUCUCAGCUACAGUCCGCCAUCUACAACGAGCAAUACCCGGUGAUGAGCGAGAAUAGCAUGGCGGCUACCAAUUUGCCCAUUCUUGGGAACCUGGCAAGCCAGAUCCUGACCACCUUGGGUCAACCCACAUUCCAGGACACUUACACUGCUGUCAACAAGGUUGACACGCCCACGGGUCAGGAAUAUGCCACCAAGAAAGGCCUCUUCGAGCAGACCUUCAAGCAGUUCGUCCGAGGACAGCCGUUCAUUGACGCGAAAGCCCUUCACCUAGACAGCCAGCCAUAUCUAGACGUCGUUCGGAAGUCGAACCUCGCUGCAUUCGUCCUUAUCAUCUUCGGCGGACAAGAAGUUAGCCUCAAUACUUUAAACGAACAUUUCCUAGAUAUUUUUGCACCUGGAGGUGCCAGACUCUUGAAAUGGCAGGGCGGCCUGUGGCUCGAGCUUAAGACGCAAGCCUAUAUUCAGAGCGUCAUGAAAGGUGAGGCGCGACAAAAGGUCGUGGAUAGCUUGUUUCCAACAAACAUGGAAGACGUGUUACUGUCUCGUCUGUCACCGUCAGAACCCAGAAGGCUCUCUCCGACUGAGCAACAGAUCGCUAGCUUGUCACUGCAACGUAGGCAGUACUUGCUGGGCGAGCCGGACACAAUCGAGGGCAAGAUUGCUUUGUCGAGAAAGUAUGACUGGAUCGAGUUCCUCAAAGAGGUCAACCGCUGCAUCGGCAAGAACAUGGAUGGUUCUAGUGCUGCAACCGAGAGUCGACAUAACUCUCAAUCCUCGCCCUAUGGUGGCAACAACUACACGCACACGGCAAGUCCAGACGGGUUUUAUCCUCAAAUGCAUGAACCGUCUGGAGGCAACUACGACGAGACAAUUACCAGAGCAGCUCUCAUGGCUCAUGCCGCCAUCAAUGGUCAAGCAAACAACAGCUCUGAUAUACAGCAGAAUCCCACGCCGUUCUUCCAGGCAUAUCCACAAGUCGCUCAGCAGCAUCAACCUUCGUAUCCAGCCAGCAAGACUGUCACGCCUCCCAGCCCUGUGCCCGUCCAAAGUGCACCGACUCAAGUCCUCUAUGACCGCGCGCGUCAAGCCUCAACCGUGCGCGCACCUCCAAAUUCUCGUAAGCCCGGCGCAGCGAACCAGCGACGGCCGUGGUCUUUGGAUGAGGAACGCGCGCUCAUGGAUGGCCUGGAUCGUGUCAAGGGCCCGCAUUGGUCUCAGAUCCUAGCUCUGUAUGGCGCUGGUGGCACAAUCUCAGAGAUUCUCAAAGAACGCAACCAGGUGCAACUGAAGGACAAAGCACGUAACUUGAAGCUCUUUUUCCUUAAGAGUGGUGUCGAAGUCCCAGUCUAUCUGCAGGGCGUCACGGGUGAUCUGAAAACUCGGGCGCCGGCGCAGGCAGCCAAGCAAGAGGCGCUUGCCAAGCAACGACGCGAAGAGCAAGAGAACAUGCAGAGAGACCAGAGGGCGCAAAUGGACGCAGCAGCAGUGUUGGCUGCGGGCCCGCGCUGGCCAUCUUCAGCGGGUAUUGCCAUGGGAACAAGCGUUGCUGAGCCUUUUGGCCACGCGCUGGCCAUGGGAUUCCCUCCAACUGCGACCGGACAGCCGCCUGGAGCGAUCGAUCCGACUCUGGACCACAGAGGCGAGGGCGCAGGAAUGGGUUAGGCGACGGCGAGGCCUUGUGAAUGAAAAGAGACUGUGCAUAGGUGGUGCGGACUUUUUUGGAUAACACGGGUAUCUUGCGAAGAUGGGAGAGGAAAAAAGAAAGGAUGGGUAUCACGGCAGCGGUUAUGCACGGCGGAUGUUCUUGACUUGAAGCAUGCAUUAGAGGCAGGCUGCCGAUGUUCUAGGGGGAUAGGUUGGACAGAUACUAGCGGGAUAAGUCUUGGGUUAUGGGGGAGGGCGGAAAAGUUCUUGGUUUUGCUAUGCUGGUACUUAGCUGGAUGGUUAAUGCUGGGAUUAUGCCGGGGGCCGGAACUAUGAGUAGGUAUGAUACCCAAUUAUGGAUUACGCAGG